GGAACGAACAAAUUGUAAGUCGAUUUCAUUCUGUUGUUUCCAGUCACCGUUGACGCACAUAUAUUCUUGGGUUUGACCAUUUUUGUUGACGCGACAUGCCCAGAGGUGACUUCACCGUGAAUGUGUCGAGUAGAGGGAGCGGAGGUGCAUUUUACAUUGGAGCUGAAGAGGCUCCAGGUAUUGCCCUCCUUGUUAUCAUUCUCACGAUUCUGCUGAUCAUUGGGUGCUGGUACUACAUAAGAAGGAGUGGAUACACAAUGAUUCAGAGCCGAGGUACAGCCAGCCGUAUUCGAAGAGCUUUGAGAUCUGGAGACUGCGGUGAAGAAGGAGCCACUCCAGAAAACAAAUUCCCCUUGAAUGAGUACAGCAAUCUGAACCCAGUGGUUCCCGAUGCCCCUCCAGUUUAUGAAAAGGUAUCUGCUGGAUCUUUACCCCCUCCAUAUUCUCCCUGAAGCGUCCAGUGGUGUCUGCCCAUAGUACCAAACCUGAAGGUGUAAAUGUGGUCUCUGUGGUGGUUUGUGUUCAGAAGA